CGUAACUGCUCCCGGUCACCUGAAGGGCCUGCUCUUGAGAGCGGCCAUUUUAGCACAGACCUCUUUCCCUCUCAGAUAACUGUCGUAUUAGGCUAACUGGUCUGGCCUCCAGCAACAAGCGAGCUCAAUGGACAAUCAGGCUGCCAAGACUUCCCACAUCCUACCCUGAACGUAAAAGGACCAAAGCAUGACAUCUGUAGAUGCCCCCAAUUCUUCCAGGGGCAGCCCAGAGAAUAGAGGGAAAAGAAGACCUCUCCUCGAUCCGUUUGAAGAUUCGGAUGAAGGUCUUCCCACACAGAGAUCGCCAAAGAUCAACGGAGGAACAAAGUUCCCUCACACUACGUUUUCAGCGCACGCCUCGUCGAGGAUCCCGGACGAAGAGGAGACUACAAGCUCCAGUGAGAGCACCGCAUUUCCCAGAUGCCCCCUGGUCGACCAAUCGGAGGACCAGGAGGACGAAGGAACACAGGAGAAGAAGAAGACGAGAAAUUUCCUCCCCCAGUCAUGGCGGGGGCUCUUCAGGAAAUUGAGGAAGGGUGAUGAGCCUCAGCACGAGGCAAGAGAAAUAAUCAUCCUGCCCAAUGGGACUCGAGUCAGCCCACCAGUGACUCCCCUGCUAAACCAGAGAUUCUGGGACCCUCAGGACUCCCUCAGGUCCCAGAAGCCCUUGUUUACUGACAGCCCCCCGGGCUAUUUCCACGGAGACCAACUUUUCCAGGACCCACUGGAGGGGUCGGAGCUGACGAGCAUCCACCCAGCCCAGUACUACGCCGAAAAGCUGGAAGUCUACCAGCUGAAAUACUCCUACAUGAAGUCCUGGCCAGGUCUGCUGAGGCUCCUGAGUGGAGUUCAGCUCCUGUUCGGGGGGAUGGUGUUCGCGUGCGUGUGCGCGUACAUCCAGAAGGACAGCGAGUGGUACAACCUGUACGGACUGCAGGGUCCCAGUUAUGGAUACGGCGGAUACGGGACAACGGGGUACAACUAUAACGGACCCAUGACCCCCUUUGUGAUAGUGGUCGGCGGUCUGGCUUGGAUAGUGACCGUCAUCCUCUUGGUGCUGGGGCUGACCAUGUACUACCGCACCAUUCUCCUGGACUCCCAGUGGUGGCCCCUCACGGAGGCCAUCAUCAACCUGGCCAUGUUCCUGCUCUACAUGGCGGGCGGGGUCGUCUACGUCAACGACCUGAACCGCGGCGGGCUGUGCUACAUGACGGUGGGCUUCAACCCGCUGAUGGCCGGCCUCUGCAGGGUGGAGGGAGGCCAGAUCGCCGGCACGGCCUUCAUCUUCAUCAACAUGAUCCUGUAUCUGGUCAGCUUCCUGGUGUGCUUGAAGAUGUGGCGACACGAGACCGCUCGCCUGGCAAGAGCGACACUGGAUGUGGAACUGCCUCAAACUAACUACACGGAGCAGUCUAACUCCAAGAGAAUCCAGUUUGAGGAUGAGACGGAUCAAUCGGUGAGGACGAGCAAGGGGAUCCAUUUUUCGGAAGACCCUGGCACCCUGAACAGAGCCAUUCCCACUGGCCAUGUCCCAAGGCCUCGGGUCGUUGCAGACUACAUCAUGAAGUAUCCUGAGAUUCACUCUCUGGAGGACAGGGAACAAUACAAAGCUGUCUUCAAUGACCAAUAUCAGGAGUAUAAGGAGCUGCACAGUGACAUCACUGCCGCCAUGAAGAAAUUCAGCGAGCUGGACGCCAUGAUGGGCAAACUGCUCAGUGACAUCACCAGCCGUGAGGAGGAACAGAGGAUUCACCAAAUAAUUAAGAAGUACAAGCAGAAAAAGAAUGAUUCUGCGUUCUUGGAGAAAAAGGAACGAUACGAAUACCUGAAGGCCAAGCUGAAGCACAUCAAGAGGAGGAUUCAGGAGUUUGACCAACAGUUUGAUGAGAAAGCCGAAUUAAGGAGGGGACCAAAGCUGGCCUCCCAUUAUCCCGCAGCCAUGUUUGAGAAACAGCGCUACGACAGCCCGCCGAUGUACAGCCCCCCUUACAGCCCCCCGUCCAACGGCUAUGGGCCUCCCGCAAGCUUUCACCCGCCGAGGAGCGAGUUCGACGCCUACCCGGCCCCACCUGGCUCCUACUACAUGGAGGGCAAGCCCCAGAACUUCUACAAGUGGAUCUCGCCGCCCGGCAUCGUGCGGGCCAUGGAGGGCGUCGUCGUGGUGCUGUGCAUCGCCAUCUUCGCCUGCGUGGCGUCCACGCUGGUCUGGGACAUGCAGUACGGCUACGGGAUGGGCGGGCUAGGGGGCUACGGGAUGACCGGAGGAGGCUACGGCUACGGCGGCGGAAUCGGCAGCAGCUACGGCUCGGGCUACGGGGGGUACGGGGGCGGCUACGGGGGCGGCUACGGAGGCGGCUACUACAACUCGUACCCGACGCCGUACUCCGCCAAGACCAGCAUGAUCGCGCUGGCGGCCAUCAACUUCCUGGCCUCCCUGGGGUUCUUCGUGGCCGGCUUCUCCAAGACCAACACCGUGCGCAGCCGCAAGUUCUACUUGGCCGUGCUGGUGGUCAGCGUGAUCCUGGCCUUCCUCCAGGGGAUCAUCAACAUCGUGUACAUCAUCGGCGUCAACCCUAUGGCCCAGAGCUCACAGAGCAUGCUCUACAACCCCAUGCUGAUGAUGUGUCAGAACCUGUACAACAGCGGCGGUAUAGGGGGAGGAGUAGGGGGCUUCCCCAUGUACAACCAGUACCUCUACCACUACUGCUACGUGGACCCCCAAGAGGCCAUCGCCAUGGUGUGCGGCUUCCUCGUGGUCAUCGCCCUCAUCGUUGCGGCGUACUUCUCCUUCAAAACGCGCAGCAAGAUCUGGCGCUACGGGAAGACCAACAUCUACUGGGACCGGCCGCUAGCGGGGGACCCAGAAGGCCGGGAUGUGGAGGACUGGGUCAACAAUGUGGAGGAUGAGCACAGUGUUCAGGACGCCCCCACGGUGGUCCUGUCGGAGAAAGUCGCCUCCCCCCUCAACAUGGCCGGCAGCGUCACCUCCUACCCGGUGAAGGCCGACAGCGUCUUCAGCGGAGAGACCUACAACGGCAACGCCUACUCGGAGCAGUCGGUGGGCCGGCCCUCCGAGCAGCCCUCCCGGGGCGGCGGGGCCAGCUCCAGCCCCUCGGAGGAGGCCGGGGGGGUGCGGAGGCCCUCGGCCUGGCGGGGGAAGAAGCGCCGGAGGAACCCCGAGCUGGACGAGUCGCAGUACGAGACGGAGUACACCACGGGGGCCGAAACGGGCCCCGAACUGGACGAGGAGCAGUGGAACAGCAUAUACCCAGAAAUCACCUCGGACGGGCAACGUCACGAGUACAAGAGGGAGUUUGACACGGACCUGAAGGACUACAAGCGCCUGUGUGCGGAAAUGGACGACAUCCAUGAUCAGAUGAACAAACUGAGCCGUGAACUGGACACCCUGGACGAGGGCACCUCCAAGUACCAGGCUGUGGCGGAAGAGUAUAAUCGGCUGAAGGACCUGAAGAGGACUCCGGAGUAUCAGACCAAGAAGCUGCACUGCAAGGAGCUGAGACACAAACUCUUCCACAUCAAGCGCAUGGUGAAGAACUACGACCGGGGCCACUCCUAAAGCCCACGGCCUUCUCCGGCCCUCGCCCCCUUCCCCCCCGCUACAGACAGUUCGGUCAGUCCCACCGAAUCCCAGCUCACUGCUGCUCACGUGGACUGACAGGACCCCCCCGACCAAAGCUGUGUGGAGCAGAGGCCCACCCACUCAGACCUCACAUCUAUGGGCGGACAGUAGGGUUUUCGGGGGCAGGGAUGGACACCUGUGACACUGGACUAAAUUCCUUAGCGCCUAUCCUCGCUUACGCCAUCCUUCAGGUAUUAUUUCAUCUCGCUGUUGCUCGGCAACAACAGGGCUUUUACUGACAGGGCAGCUGCUUGGAUUCCGGAGUUCAGGGCAGACUCUCUAAAAUGGCUGCCGAAGGGGUCUCUCCGCUUUUUUUUUCAGGCAGGUACGUGGUUGUUUCGGUCAUGUUGCACGUCGCACGGUUAGGGAUAGAUGGGUGUGGUUGGAAAAAAGGCUUAAUGGAAAGUUGUUUGCACACAUUCGUGCGUCUUGGGCUUUUGUUCUUGUUAUCACAGAUAUGAAAAAGUGAGCUGAACUUUUGCCUUAGAUAAGGAGCCAACAAUAAGAAAAUUGAACGUCAUAAAUUUUUGCCAACUGUACAGACACCAAACUCUUUUAUUUUUCUUCAUUUAACCAAAGGAAGCAAAUGGCAUCAUAUUCUCUUUACUAAGCAAAGCCGCACGCAGUUAUAAGACCUGUAUAAGAAAGAAAAUUAGGGCACUCUGCUGAUUAGUUCUUGAAUUGAUGAACACUUUUACAGGAUUUUCAAGGUCUCUAUUCACCUCUCUCUGCCAUUCCAUAAUAUCAUUUAAUUUCACUUUCAUAAGUGACAUUUACCAUUUCAGUUAAAAUAAGGGAUUUAAGCAACAUAUUGCUGUGAUACAGUAUUUAGAAUUAAAAAGCCUUUCUGUAAUAUGUUUUCUUCCGUAUUGCGGUGCUGUUUGAACAUUAAGGCAUUGAGUACACGUUGAUUCCCAAUCCGUUCCAGUGAUGCUCAGCGCUUGGCAAAUAUUCUUAAUGCACUGAUACCAUGCAAAUCUGCAAGUGUGCUACAUUCUGAAGGGCAGGUUUAUUUCGGGUGAGGAAUUAGAAGGAUCCCGUGUCUUUUUAUGUCACCAGAACAGUAUCUACUUUUAUGGGUUAAGGGUUUUUUGCGUUUUCCUGCUGAGAUUUUUCAGGCAUUUUUAUAAAUUCUAUAAUUACUGUUGAAAAAUCUACUUCUUUUGCAGGACCCUUUUUAAACUAAAAACUGUAUAGUUUUACUGCAUUUUUUAUUCUUUAUCUAUUUUUUUAUUUUUAUAUCAGAAGAUCGGUGGUUCCCAAACUCAGUUAUGGGACCCACUAGCUAUGCAUUGCUUCAUUGAAACCAUGGUGGCCUCCUCUGACUGUAACAAGUUGAUAAUCAUUCUUAAUUAGACACAUUUGGGGCCAGUUUCAGACACAGAUCAAGCUUAGUCCUGGACUAAAUUGAGUUUUGUAUGGAGAAUCUCCCUUCAGAAUAGAAUCUAGUCUAGCACAAGGCUUAAUCUGCAUCUGUGAAACUGGCCCCUAAAUAUCUGUUGAGGGAUUAUACUCAAUUAUGGACAGUAAGGUAAAAUCAGUGGGGUGCUAACUGCCAAAAGUGUCCACAACCGGUCACUGAUACUAAAACUAUUUGUGCGGAACAAAGAACUUGGAUAUGAAGCAAAUAUCAGCGAGCCAAACCUACAUUGUGUUACAUUCAGUUUAACGACAAGCUGACACGGAAGUUCAGAGCAGCGUUAGCUUCUGCGAUAUGACGUACACACAAGUGAGACUGAUUUUUCAGGGGGAUUUUUGAAGGGCGAGGAGGGGGAGGCAGAGCCUUAGCCUUUGGCUCUGGGGAAAACACAAUGCCCUCCGCUGCAUGAAAGGACACUGAUUGGAGGGGAACAGGAAGUUGACAGUCAUGUGAUCGACAUGCAAGCCCACUGGUACACGGUGAUGUAAAAUCUCAAUUCAAAACGUUUUCCGGGAAGUGGAUGGAAAAAAAGCUUUGGUGUGAAAAUACACAAGUAUUAAAAUGAAAGACAUGUUUGUAUGGUUAUGAAGAAUUGACUUAAGUUGAGGAAAAAGCUCAUUUUUAUUUCAGCUUGUUUAUAGCAGGACGUAAAUCCACGCUUCCAGCCGGGCUCAUUGAUCACGAAACGGACUGAAGCAGAAACCAGCGUACCGAGCAGACGUGUGGCACUGAGUUUGGGAACCUCUGCAGUAGAUUAGGGACCCUCAUAACGCCAUGCCUAAUCAUUAAGAAGACCAUUUACCAUAAGGAAGAAAUGUCUCCUCUUUCACUCUACCAUACUCAUGUAAGAGUUCUGUGAAAAGGUUUUUGUACUGGUUCCUAUCAUGUAUAUUUUUUUUUUAUAAAAAACGAAUCUGCUCUGUUCCUUUUGAUUCUAUAAAGAAAAAAAACAUUUAUAUCCAGCUCACUUUAAAGCAAUUUUGAUUAGAAUGAUAGCAAUCCAAUGUGUUGAAUAUAAUGAAGUAGAGACACUCCAGAAUAAUAGUAUCACAGCAAUCCAGCAUUCAGAGAUUUUGACUAAAUUACAUUCUUUCCCACACUCCAGUAAAUAGGGAUGGAGGUGUAGAAAACACUGAGUGUUAUUUUCCUUUUAUAUACCUGUACGCUGUAUAGUGAGACUUGUUCAGCCAUUGAUUAUGCACUUGUAAACAGCCCGCAAGGCAUUGACUGUAAAUAAAAUAUUAAUUCACUCACUCACUCAAAAAGACACCUCUGACCAUGUAAAAUACUUUUUAUUGCUUUUCAGUAGACAUUCUUAUUUGUUGUUUACAUUUUUUUUAAAGUGGUCAACCAAUUGGCUAGAAUUACCUCCCCUUGCUAGCUGUAUGUUCCCUUAUAAAAAUUAAAUGACAGUCUUAGUAGACUAUCGCUCUCUCUUGCCCCCUGCAGGACAAACCCUAAAGCUGCACCCUUUACCACAGCAGUCUGGACAGAAAUGUUUCCCUAUCAUGGUUUGCAGUUUGUUUUACUACCAGCAGUGGUUUUCAUCACCCAGCUGCUAUUAGUGUCAGUCAGUCAGGCUCUCUAUCAGCUGCAUUUAUCUCAAAAACUUUGGCAUCAAGGGGUAUUUUCCUUCAUUUUCUGUUAAAACAAGGCCACAAUCCAAUAGCAAGCUUUCUUUAUUACAUAGGGGUAGACACACCCGGUCACUGUAACAACAGAAGGGGAGAAGUAUAUACAAGUAUAUCUAAGUCCAGAAGUAUAUACAGAAAAUACAUAUUCUGGGUUGAUCUAGAGAACAGAAAAUUUAACAUAUGCAUUCAUCUUGAAUAAAUAGCCACUGUGUUGAAAUUUCAAAGCAGCAGUUCAGGAUGGUCGCCAGGGAAACCCAGCGAUAAAUCAGCGUCGUUAUCGAAAACACUGACUUAAAAGCGUCUGUUCAGUCGUACAUCCGUUCUGCUGAAGGGCUAAUUCACACAGCACUGCUGAUCUGCAUAUUCUUACAAAAAAAAAAACAUUCAUAACCAAAAAUAUAUAUAAUGAUAAGACAAAAAUUUGCAUCUUCACAUUGUUUUUGGAGAUUAAUAAGCAGGUACUGACGAGAAAAACAUUAAAGCUGGAGAAAUAACACGAUGAUAAUAAAUCCGACGUGAAUAAAACUCA